AUGGCACCCAGAUACGGAGGGACGCUCUACUACGUCCCUGUGAACACUCGGUCCAACACCUUGCCCUCUGACCCUCAGCGCCGAGCCUUUGCCAUGAGGAAGAUGAGACAGGAAGUCAAUGAGAUCCUGAACCAGAACCCUGUUGAACUCCACAAGCUGAAUCUAGAGAAGGCCUCGGACCUGGAGGAUUUCGGUUUCAGUGUCUCUGACGGCAUGCUGGACCGCGGCGUCUACGUGAACAACAUCCGACCGGGAGGCCCGGCAGAGCUGGGCGGCCUCCGAGCCUAUGACCGCUUACUCCAGAUUAACCACGUGCGGACCAGGGACUUUGACUGCUGCCUCGUGGUUCCACUCAUCGCCGAGUCUCCAAACCAUCUGGAGCUUGUCAUCAGCCGAAAUCCCACCUCCUCCUCCCUGCUGGCCAAUCACAACAACGGCACCACCAACAGCAACCACUCCUCUCAGCCUAUGGGCGGCGAGCUGGGACCAUCGGAGCUCCCCAUUGGCCCGGGAGAGGAUGGUGGUCCAAUCAAAUGGAGCCAACCGGGAGACAAGCUGGGGGCGGGGCUUGGGUUGGGUCAGGUGAAUAAUAAUUCCUUAUAGUAGACAAAAACUGGAUUUAACCGCUUCUAACCAGACUGGAGGGUUCAACAAGGACAAUACAACUAAGUUGAAUUAAACUGGUUAAGACCUUUCCAAACUGGUUCAGGAUGGACCCCCACCCCCCGUCCCCCCAUGGUGCUACACACACCCUAUGGAGGAACUUUGACCUUUGACCACUAAAGUCUGAACUCUGAACUGCUAAAGCAGCCUGAAAGCACACUGAUGGACCUCCUCACCUUUUCACUUGAACCAGUUCUGCAUACUGGUCCUUCUGGUGUCACUGGAACCAGAAGCAUAACCACUGAUCCGGCUGGAACCAUAGCCAGAGCUACUGGUCUAUGUGGUUUGAGAUUAGUGGGUCUGGUCCUACUCGCCCAGAGCCAUGGGGACUGAUUCUUCUGAAGCCAGAGCCACAGCCAGAGGUUUUGCUGGU